UUUUUGAUUCAGGAGUUGUUUUGUUUGAACAGAAAGUGCACACCAAUUUGAAGAUGGAUGCGACCGUGAAGGCGCUGGAAUCAUCAGAGAUGUUGGACGAGGCCACGCUGCUGGAGAUGGGGGAAUCGAAGAUCGUGGACGAGGCCACGCUGGAGACGCUGGACGGACCUCGUUUUGGCUUCAAUGUGUUGAUAUGCUGGUUGAUCAAUACUGGCCAGUUGAAGGAUUCAGAGGUGAUCAUGGCCGUUAAGAGGAAGAUCAACCAUGUUAGCCCUGUUGUGCGGAGCCUCACCCUUGAUUUGUUGGAAACCUUUGAUACGUACUGUAACAUGGUGUUCUCUGAAAUGGUUUCUGAGAUGCUUCUUGAGGACUUGACUUGGUUGAUUCAUAACCCGCAAUCCCGUCAUCAGGAUAAAAAGAAGGCUCUCCGGGUGAUAGAGACUUGGGCUAACUCAGGGAAUCCUGACUAUCUUGCACUGUCACGUCAAAGUUAUAUGACUUGUGUAGGAAGAGAUGAACCAGCAAGGAAUUCAGGACCUGGUCUUUAUUUGGAUUCUACACUUUCCUUCUAUACACAGAAAGACCCUUUGGUUCCCCUCCCUGAAAGAUCCCCGAUUCUUGAAGCAGGACUGCAUCCUCGGAAUGAAGACUAUGCAGCGUUCUCUCCUAAUUACCUACCCACCUCAGAUGAAGAGAAGAAAGGUCGUCUUGUGGCUGCUCGAAACAGUCUUGAAUUGCUCUCUAGCAUAUUAAAUUCUGAGCAAGAGCCUAAACCUUUAAAGGAAGAUUCAACUUUGAGCUUGUUGAAUGACUGCAAGCUAUCGCUCGGUUACAUCAAGAGGAUUGUGGAAAGCACUACAAAUGAUGAAGUGACAGUUUUUGAGGCUUUAUAUCUCAAUGAUGAGCUGCAACAAUUAAUUUCCAAAUAUGAGGAUCUGGAUGUUGCUCAAAUGUACUCCGCCAAGCAUGACGCUGGAGCUGAUCAAAACCUCAAUGAACUGCCACAGUAAGCAAACACUCUUUGAAGUCAAUGCAACCUAGAGGGAUAGUCAUGAUGAAACCAAAAUAGUGGAUAAGCACAAAAGAGUAGAAUACUGAAUGAGGAUGGCACAGAUGGCAUGUUUCUUCUAGCAUUAUGUUUUGUUAUGGUCCAUAUCUAUAAUAACCUAUGUAGUUCCUUCUGCGAGGAUCAUUAUGUUCCCCGAAUGUGUAGUUGGCAGGAGUUUUAUACUGGAGAUUAUGGUAUUCAAUCCUUUAAUGAUUU